AUGAGGGUUGAGGAAUUGAUUAUUGAUGGAUUUAAGUCCUAUGCUACUAGAACCGUGAUAUCAGAUUGGGAUCGUCAAUUUAACGCUAUUACGGGUCUCAAUGGUUCAGGUAAAUCUAAUAUUUUGGAUGCUAUAUGCUUUGUUUUGGGUAUUACUUCCAUGGCAACUGUUAGGGCGCAAAACUUACAAGAUUUGAUCUAUAAAAGGGGUCAGGCUGGUGUUGUGAAGGCCAGUGUGACUAUAGUAUUCGAUAACACUGAUGUGGCAGGCUCUCCAAUUGGGUUUGAGAGUUACCCCAAAAUCUCGGUGACUCGGCAGAUCGCCCUUGGUGGAACCAGCAAGUACCUUAUCAAUGGACAUAGGGCGCAACAGCAAACAGUGCUUCAUCUAUUCCAGUCGGUACAAUUGAAUAUUAACAAUCCGAACUUCCUUAUUAUGCAGGGAAAGAUUACUAAACUGCUGAACAUGAAGCCAACUGAAAUCUUGUCGUUGAUCGAGGAAGCUGCAGGUACCAGGAUGUUUGAGGAUAUGAAGGAAAAGGCUAUGCGUAUCAUGGCCAAGAAGGAAACCAAGUUACAAGAGAAUAGGACUUUGCUGGAAGAGGAAAUUAAGCCUAAGCUUAAUAAAUUUAGGAAUGAGGAGAGAGCCUUCAUAGAGUUUCAAGAAACACAAAAUGAACUGGAAAAGUUACUGCAAGUAGUCAGCGCUUACGAUUACCGUUCUCUGGUUACGAAGAAUGCAUCAACUCAGGAAGUUUUGGAGCAGAAUGCUCAGCGAACUGAGGAGCUUCAAAUUGAAAUAGAAAGGUACAAAAGUGAAAUUAAUAGCUUAAACGAAGAUUUCGCUGCAAUAAAGAAACAAAAAGAGCUUGAGUUCUUGAAGGAUGGAGCGGUAUCCACCUUGGAAAAGCACCUAAAUGAGUUAUCUACCGAACUUUCAAGGUUAUCCACCAAUAUUUCAAUAGCACAGGAUGACUUGAAGGAGGAAGAAACCAACGUAUUAGCCAUCAAAAAAGCAUUAGAAGUUUCUAGAGCUCAAUUGGAGUCGAAAUCGAAGGAAUAUAACAUGGUUGAGAAAGACUAUAACGAAUUAAGCGUCACUAUUGAAAGCCUAAAAUCUUUAUAUGCAGAUAAAGAGGAGCUUUUAUCCUCAUUAGCAACAGGCCUCUCCUCCAAAGGGUCUUUUGAUGGUGGUUAUAAUGCACAAUUAUCCUUGACUAAAUCGAAAAUAAACGAUGCACAGGUUUCAAUUAAGCAAUCUCAUAUGCGAAUAAAUAUGCUAGAAAAGGAAUUGGCAAGUAAUGAGCCAUUACUCCUGCGUGCAAAGAAGGACAACGCUGAGAAACAUGUUCAGUUAGAAGAUAGUAAGAAAAAGAAGAGAGAGCUUGAAUCAAAAUUAGAGGCAUCUGGCUUUAAUCCAAAGGUAAUAUAUGAAUUAAAAAAUAAAGAAACACAGUUAAACAAGGAACUCUAUGAGCUUACGGCUGAUGCUGAGCGUUUAAAAAGGAAAGUAGCUAACCUUGAAUUUAAUUAUUCGAAGUCGGCAGUAACAUUUGAUCCAAAAUGUGUGAAAGGCCUAGCAGCUCAGGUUUUUACUCUUGAAAAGGAAAACUUUGGAAGUGCCAAUGCACUUCAAGUUUGCGCUGGGGGACGAUUAUUUAAUGUUAUAGUGGAUACAGAACAUACAGCGUCUGAACUGCUAGAAAAAGGCGGGUUACGGAAGAGGGUUACUAUCAUACCAUUGAAUAAAAUUUCAACAAGAGUAAUUGGACCCAGUACGUUGGAAAAGGCUAAACAGCUUUCCCCAGGGAACGUAGAAUUAGCCUUGGAUUUAAUCGUUUACGAACCGGAAGUUUCAAAAGCUAUGGAGUAUAUCUUCGGUAACAGUUUGAUAUGUAAACAUGCUGAGACUGCCAAAAUGGUUACCUUUAACCCUCAAAUAAGAGCGCGCAGCAUCACACUCGACGGAGAUAUUUACGAUCCGGAAGGUACUUUAUCUGGAGGUAGCAGAGGUGGGACAAAUUCAUUUUUGAUUGAUAUUCAAACGUUCAAUGAAGCAUCUAGAAAGAUCAAAACUAUAGAAAAAGAGCUAGAACAUAUACAUUCGCAACAAGUCGAGUACGAAAAUGCGUCGAAAGUUACUAGAUCCUUGCAGAAUGAACUACGACUUGUUGAACAUAAGUUGCAGUUAGAAGAAAAAGCCAUUUCCUCCAAUCCCUCCGUUGAGCUAUUACGAAAAAACGAAGAAAUGCAACGGGAGAUUACUUCUUGUGCUGAGUCGAUUACAUGUAGUGAACAUCAAAUUGUGGAGCUACAAGCACAAUUAGUCAAUAUUCAGAAGGAUAUGGAAGAGUUUAAUGCAGAUAAAGGAGUUAAGCUUCAGCAAUUACAACAGCAACUAACAUCGUUAGGCGAAGAAAUUAAGCAUAAAGAAGAAGAAAACGAAAAAAAGUACGACUUAUAUCAAAGUUUGCAAAUGGAGACUGAUCAAUUGCAAAAUGAUAUUAAUAGUUUGGGUGAAGAAGUCAUUGAAAAGGAAUCUCAAAUAAAAACGCUUCAUACCAACCUAAAAUUACUUCGCGAGUCAUUUUCCCAAAAAAGCUCAGAGAUGGAAACUGUCAAGCAGGACUUAACUGAAGCGAGGAAUCGCUUAAUAGAAAUGUAUGCUGAGAUGAAGGAAAUGGAGUCACUACUUAAGAAAAAGAACUCAAAUCUUACAAAAAACGAACUUGAGGUGCAAAAACUAUCUCACGAAAUUAUUAAGCUCACAAGUGCUAAAGAUGUCUACCAACAGCAGCUUCAAGAAUUAACUGAAGAACACAAAUGGCUUGAAGAUGAUAUAAUGGUUUCAAACAUCAUUAACCAAAAUACUGACGCAAAUUUAAACGAAUACCGUGAAAGGGUUAAAAUAUUGGAAGAAAAGUUUCAAGGAAUGAAGCGUAAAGUGAAUCCUAAUGUUAUGAGCAUAAUAGAGAGUGUAGAGAAGGAAGAAAGAAAGUUGCAGAAGAUGAUUGACACUAUUGAAGAGGAUAAAAAUAAAAUUAUAGAAACAAUGAAGAAAUUAAAUGGAUACAAACGCGAAACGCUGAUGAAGACCUGGCAAAAGGUUAACGUCGACUUUGGGAAUAUUUUUGCUGAUCUUUUGCCUAAAUCAUUUGCAAAGCUGGUGCCAGUAGAAGGGAGUGAUAUCAGUGCAGGUUUGGAAGUGAAAGUUAAACUUGGGAGCAUAUGGAAGGAGAGUUUGGUAGAACUUUCUGGUGGACAAAGAUCUCUGAUCGCUUUAUCUUUAAUACUGGCUCUAUUACAGUUUAAACCAGCUCCUAUGUAUAUUUUGGAUGAGGUUGAUGCUGCUCUUGACUUAAGUCAUACACAAAAUAUUGGGCACCUGAUCAAGACAAGGUUCAAAGGUUCUCAAUUUAUUGUUGUAUCACUAAAAGAAGGUAUGUUUACGAAUGCUAAUAGAAUAUUUAGAACAAGAUUUCAAGAGGGUACAUCAGUGGUAAGCAUAAUGUAA